GGUCGCAUCUCUUUCGUCCAAGCGCAGACAUGGCUGCAGGGCAAGUGAAUUUGAACGUUCGGUCAUCCUGAAAGUGCUGGAAGUUCCAGAACAGCUUGAGAUGACAACGGAGUGACAACUUUGCCACGGGGCAGCAGCGCACCCACACAGGACGCACGCGUUUGCAGGACUCACUGCAAGAGGGCUGCAUCCCGCGGUUUUAAACGGUUUCUGGCGCAUCGCUCUCCGUGCAUUCGUAACUGCAAUUCCACUGUGGACGCCAUGGAGCCUGACAAAGCCGUCAUCGACUUCGUCACGAAAGCGUCCCGCACUGAUGGACGUCCUGGAGUGACUUCAUCACCGUCAACCGAGCCGAGUUUGUUUCACGUGCUGCACGUGCACGAGCAACCUCCGAUCCUGAAGCGGACGAUCCCGACACCGCACUACGCCAAGGAUUUACUGUCGCCUCCAAAGUCUCGGUUAAACUUCUACUUGGAUCAACGCCAACAGGUGCAAACCCUGCAACCAUCCACACCCCCGACGUGGUCCCCCGUGACCCCCGGCACUCCGCGGCCCAUCACGGUGUCGUCGUCGCCGCGCGAAAAAGCCGCCGCCGCGGCUCCCCGAGUGGUCCACAUUCACGGCCGAGAACACCUGGAAGUGAGAGCAUGUAUGUUGGCCCAUCGAUACCGACUCAAUGUGGACGAGCUUGUCAAGUCGCGCGACGACCACCGACAGGCCGUGGCGGGGCUCAAGCAGCAGCGCCACGCCACGUUGCUGCCAAACACGGCCAUCGCCCAAGAAACCGCUCGACGGAAGACCCAGUUCCUUCUCGACCAUUACUUUGGCAUGCACGAGGGUACCGACCAGCCGCCAUUACCUCAUCCGACUGGGUCUUCACGACCUAGCCACAAGACCGGGACGUCGUGGCUGCCCUCCCCCAAGAUGAGCAAGCGUCUGGCGGCGGACGCCCCGCCUCAUUCCCCAUCUCCUCGUGUCAGCGACGCGCAGCACGUAUUGCUCGAUGUUGUCGAUGAAUGGUCGCUGCAUGCCGACGCGUCAACGUCGGACGUCGAGUCGUUCUGGCACUCGGUGACGGCACACAUGGAAGCGUCAUACGUUCUCCAAACGACGGUCGUGGACGCUGCCCACCCAAAUACACUGGCUGUCCAAAUUGCCCUCGACUGUUUAGCCAAACUGGCCGACCGUCUGCCAAGCUAUGCGCGCCUCCUUCACGUGAUUCAUGUCGUGCUCGAACGCGCCGUCUACGCCCCGGAGGAGACCCCGUCUGCGAAUGCGUCGACGAAACCAUCUCGUCGUCAGUUGUUUGUGGACAAGCUCGCAGAGACGCAAGCGUCCCUUGAUCGCUAUAUCGGCCAAGUGUCCGCGUUCAAAGCAUCGCAGAAGCGCACCCCCCUGGAGAAAAUUGCCGACGUUGUCGCGUCCACAGCGAGUGAAACGGAGCGGCACGAACUUCUCUUGAACGUGAUCGGCCAGCACUUGCCGCAAUCCACCCUUGGCAUGGACGUUGUGAUGGCGGCAGCCACGCAUGCGUCGCCGCCCGACCAGAUCCGCCUCGUGCAAUCCGUUUUGGCCCACCGAUCCGUGCACGACAUGCAGUCUGUGCUCCUCAUGAUGCACCAGCGGCACAAACAAGCACUGCCCAUGUUUAUGGAGGACCAUGCGGACGCGAUGGAGGCACUGAUCUUGGAUGACGGCGGUCGUGGUGUGCAGCGCGUGAUGGAGGCGAAUGGCACGUUCUUUAGCGAUUUGUUUUUGCGCGCGCCGGCAUUGCUCAACAACGCGUUGCAAGCCCCCACUCCGCUCCUCGGUCAAGUCGUCGAGCAGAAUCGGUCGGCCAUUUCCAACAUCCUAAGCCAGAAGCCCGACGUGUUUCUCCAAGUUCUUGCUAGCGCCCUCAAAGAUAACAACCUACUUGCCCUGGAAGAGUACUUGGUCAAAACCCCCAAGGCGCUGCGAGAUGUGCUCCUCAACCGCCCUACUCUGCUCUCGGGCGUCGUCAAGUCGAGCCCAAGCAUCUUAACUGACGUUCUAGUGAACGCCAAGGCUGUCUUCGCCCGCGUCGUGACCGAAGUGCCGGAUCACUUGACGGCGGUGUUCAAUGCACACCCCGCGUCCAUCGGCACGAUGUUUGCAGCAUCAGGGGAAACCCUGGCGCCCAUCUUGGACCAGUGCCCACAGGUGCUGAGUGGGUACUUGGAGAGCGCCCCGGAGACCGUGCUUGAUAUUGCCCACCGGUCGCCAAAGCUCGUCUCGAUGCUGUUUUCCCGGUUCCCCGACUUGCUCCUGGAACCACUGGAGCUGAACCCGACCAUCCUCGCGACGUUCCUCGCGUCCCAUCAGGAUAUUUUAAAGACGUUGCCAAUUCACGACUUUGUGGACGCCAGUGGGAGCAGCAGGUUCCGCAAACUCGGAACGGCUGCGACGCAGACCGAAACAACGGUGGCCAUGCAAAAACAAGUUGCGAACGGCGCGGCCAAGCUCAAAAAGCGAAACAACGUGCUCAUGCAGAUCAUCAAGAAGCGCAAAGUGAACGCGAUGCCGGAAGCCGACGUGCUCAAGGAAAUCUCCAAGUUGUACGCCAAGAAGAUCGUGUUCGAUGACAUCGACGAUCGAGCCGGCCUCGACCGGUACUCGCUCGCCGAGCUGUCGCAGGAUAUAUACGUCCAAGAAUUUGGCCUCAAAAGCACCGCCCAAAAGCGAAUUGCGAGUCUCGUGGCAGGGCUGAAAAAGAUCGAUAAGGACAACUCGCGUGCGCGCUGGUUCAGUGUUCUCCUUGGUGCCACGGCCGAGCUCUACAACGCCCAAGCGAUCGAUGUGUACCUCCAAGCACUGCAGCUCAUGGUGCCGCCGGGAGACGUCGAAGCGCGGCUCGGCGAUGGAUCGACGCCGUGCUUGAUCCCGUUGCAUACUGCCAAGGAUCUCGCGCUUCAUGCGUACGACAGUUCCAUCAGCAUGGACGUGCGGCUGCAGCUGCAAAAGCGGAUUGUUGGGCUUCCGACCGAAGCUCAUGUGACCGCCGACGGCAGCCCCGUCGCGGCAUCGCCGCCGUCUGCAUUGGAUGAAGGGCUGCAGAUGUUUGUAAACCUGGACGAUGUCAUGGACUGCGUCAUGUCCAUGUGGUACGAGUACCAAACCAACAUCGACAAGGAAAUGACCAAGCUGUUUGCGGAGGCCGAUGAAGAUGGGAACGGCGUCCUGACGUACCAAGAAUUCGAAUCCAUGAUCAAAAAGGUUGAUGCAGACUGCGACGACCGCACGAUCAUGCGCAUCUUCAACAUGUGCGGCGAAGAAAAUGACCAAGGCGAACAUGAAAUCAAACCGGUACGAACGUUGUACAACGUUAGCGACACAUGCACGCUUGGACCGGCACGCGAGUGCAUGGCUGCCAGACGAAUUCCCUUGCUGCGAGUGCUCGAGUUCUAAUCGUUGUGUGGCUGCCUCGAGUAGUCGGACUUUGCCACCGUCAUGCGGGCGUACCACGUGAACAACCAGGACACGGGCGCCUCAAGCACCAGCGCCGCGUCGGCUCCACAAGCGUGAUGCGCAUACUAGCGGCGGGGAUACGUCGCCGCGGUGGGGACGCGCCCUUGUUGCGGCGUAGAUGUUGCUUCAUGUUGAAUGGAUAGCAGCAUCAACUGCUCGAACUCGGCAAAACUCACCUUUGUCAUUCAUGAGAAAAAUCAAGGUAAACAUGCUUGAAAACGCACGCUUCAGGCAUGCCCUCUUC